CCGGAGCUGCGGGACCGGCGCGCUCAGAAACAUGCUGAGGUCCCGGCGGUUCUUCCAGCAGCUGCAGCGGCUCCAACAGCGGCGGCGGCGGCGGCGGCGGCGACAGCGCUCGGCUCCGGCGGGGAAGGCGCCCGGCGCCCAUGCCUUCGGCCCCGUGCCGCGGCUGCCCUGACCUGGCCGCGACCUCCUGCGCGCGCCCCGCCGCCCGGGCUUCUGGGGUGUUCCCCAGCCACGGCCCAGCCCCGUCACACCCCCCGCCCCCGGCCUCCGCAGCUCGGCAUGGGCGCGGGGGCGCUCGCCCUGGGCGCCUCCGAGCCCUGCAACCUGUCCUCAGCUGCGCCGCUCCCCGACGGCGCAGCCACGGCGGCGCGGCUGUUGGUGCCCGCAUCGCCGCCGGCCUCCCUGCUGCCUCCGGCCAGCGAGGGCCCGGCGCCGCUCUCUCAGCAAUGGACAGCGGGCAUGGGCCUGCUGAUGGCGCUCAUCGUGCUACUCAUCGUGGCAGGCAACGUGCUGGUGAUCGUGGCUAUCGCCAAGACGCCGCGGCUGCAAACGCUCACCAACCUCUUCAUCAUGUCCCUGGCCAGCGCGGACCUGGUUAUGGGACUGCUUGUGGUGCCGUUCGGGGCCACCAUCGUAGUGUGGGGACGUUGGGAGUAUGGCUCCUUCUUCUGCGAGCUCUGGACCUCGGUGGACGUGCUGUGCGUGACGGCCAGCAUCGAGACCCUGUGUGUCAUCGCCCUGGACCGCUACCUCGCCAUCACGUCGCCCUUCCGCUACCAGAGCCUGCUGACGCGCGCGCGGGCGCGGGCCCUCGUGUGCACCGUGUGGGCCAUCUCGGCCUUGGUGUCCUUCCUGCCCAUCCUCAUGCACUGGUGGCGGGCCGAGGGCGACGAGGCACGCCGCUGCUACAAUGACCCCAAGUGCUGCGAUUUCGUCACCAACCGGGCCUACGCCAUAGCCUCAUCUGUAGUCUCCUUUUAUGUGCCCCUGUGCAUCAUGGCCUUCGUGUACCUGCGGGUGUUCCGCGAGGCCCAGAAGCAGGUAAAGAAAAUCGACAGCUGCGAGCGCCGCUUCCUCGGCGGCCCAGCGCGGCCGCCCUCGCCCGGACCCGCGCCCGCGUCUUCGCCGGCGCCGGGGUCCCCGCGUCCUGCCGCUGACUCCAUGGUCAACGGGCGCGUCAGCAAGCGGCGGCCCUCGCGCCUCGUGGCCCUUCGCGAGCAGAAGGCGCUCAAGACGCUGGGCAUCAUCAUGGGCGUGUUCACGCUCUGCUGGCUGCCCUUCUUCCUGGCCAACGUGGUGAAGGCCUUCCACCGCGACCUGGUGCCCGACCGCCUCUUCGUCUUCUUCAACUGGCUGGGCUACGCCAACUCAGCCUUCAACCCCAUCAUCUACUGCCGCAGCCCCGACUUCCGCAAGGCCUUCCAGCGCCUGCUCUGCUGCGCGCGCCGCGCCGGUCGCAGGCGCCACGCGGGCCAAGGCGCCCGACCGCGCGCCUCGGGCUGCCUGGCGGGCAACCGGCCACCGCCGUCGCCUGGGGCCCCCUCCGACGACGACGACGACGACGUCGGGACCACGCCGCCCGCGCGCUUGCUGGAGCCCUGGGCGGGCUGCAACGGCGGGGCGGCGACGGCGGACAGCGACUCGAGCCUGGACGAACCGUGUCGCCCGGGCUUCGCUUCCGAAUCCAAGGUGUAGGGCUCCGGGCGCUGACACCCGGCGCGCGGAUCCUCGCCGCCCCAGCCCGGACGCGGGAUCUGCGCCCUGGUGGGGAGGAGAGCCUGCCGGGGCGCCCCUGAAUGGCUUCCCAGGCGAAAGAGAUCUGUGUUUACUCAAGACCGAAAGAAAGCAGGUGAACUCGAAGCCCACAAACCUCAUCUGAACCAUCCAAGGCAAACGGAAAGGCCACGGACCGCUGCACAAAAAGGAAAGUUUAGGAGGGGGUGGGAGAGUGGCUGACUGAUUUUUCUUGCGUUCCUUUCUGUUUGUGUUUUGGCCUUCUUUUGUGUGUGUGUGAUGCAUCUUUAGAUAUUUUUUUCCAGGUGGGUUUUGACUCUUUCUGCGAGGACCCGCGUGGAAAUUGGGUGGGUAGGGGAAAAGAGAUAAAAGUCUAUCAACCUGACUUCCAUCCUGUUCCUGAGAACGGAGCCAUCAGUGGCGGGAGGGGGGGGGGUGACAGUUUGUCAGGACGUUUCCUUUUGCUUUUCAGAGAAAUUGUAUUUUAAUUCCUGAAUAAUGAUUUCUUCUGUUCUCAAAGCAAAAAGAAAGGAUGGAUGCAAAAAAAAUUCAUUUUAUGAAAUGUUAAGCUAUUCUUGGAACAAGCUUCACCUUGCUUUCCUUCUGUAGGGCAAACCCUUGUCCCCUGCGCGCCUCGGAGGUCCAGCUGAGGGUUUUCUACCUCACACUGUGCAUAUUGCACAGCAAGCUAGAAAGACUUGUUUAUAUUAAACAGCUUAUUUAUGUAUCAAUAUUAGUUGGAAGGACCAGGCGCUGAGCCUCUCUCCGUGACAUGUGACUCUGUCAAUUGAAGACAGUACAGGAAAAAAAAAAAAAAAAAAGAAACAGUUCAGAUUACUUACUGCACAUGUGGGUUAAAAAAAAAAAAUGAAAAAGGAGUGG